AUGAACUCCAGCACACAGAACUACAAUUUCCAGGCUGCAAUCUCCAUCAAAGUACCACUCUUUUCGACUCUUGAUCCUCCAUUGUGGUUCUGUUAUAUCGUGGCCCAGUUUGCUUCGAGCCGCAUUACAAGCAAUGCCACUCGCCUCACACAUAUUAUCGGGUCCUUAUCACCCGAAAUCCUGAAUGAGGUCCGCGAACUUAUCAUGGCUCCUCCCGACACGGUAUCAUUUGAUACCUUCAAAACUACGCUGCUCACCAGGAUGGAAGAGUCUCAACAAAAGCGUCUCUGCCAGCUACUUCUCACAGAAGAAUUAGGGGACAAGAAGCCCUCCCAGCUCUUGCGACAAAUGAAGCAACUCAUGGGAGAUGAUAAUCUACCCAACAGAGUGUUGAAGCAGCUCUUUCGACAACAUUUGCCAUCUAAUACACAAGUGGUCCUCACUGCCACCAAAGACAGCAAGUCAGUGGUGGAACUCACUGAAUUAGCCGACCGCAUUGCCGAUGUCCCACGCAGUUGUCCGUCCCUGUCAGCAGUUGUAACAGCAGCUCCACCAACCAAUCCUUUCCCGCCUUCCACCAGCGCAACAGAUCUGGCCGAACUACAAGCUUUAAUGACAGAGCAGGCAUCACAGAUACAGCUCCUGACAACGAAAAUACAAGCCUUAUCAUACAACAGGCACCACCACAGCAACAGUCCCGUACGAUGA